AUGACAACUCUCGUUUCAGACAAGCACCACCCAGAUGAAAUCGACAAAACGACAGACACACAGGACAACUUGCAAUUCGAAAGGUCUUCCUCGCCGGGAAAAGUUGGAAAGCGGAAAAAGAAGAAGAAUCGAAAGAACAAGAGGAGGAAUCGAGCGUUGGAAGAUACCCAACAGGAAGCAAUUUACAAUCAGCCCGAGCUCGAAAUUCAGCAAGACGAGGCACAGGAGAACGACUACGAAAAUAGUGAAUACCUGUACAAUGGCGAAUUGUUGAUGCACACGUACUACACCUUACCACCGUCACUGCAAAAAUUUUGGAAUCGAAGAUAUGAAUUAUUUUCGCGAUACGAUGAAGGAAUAUACCUCUCAGCAGAACUAUGGUACAGUGUUACACCUGAGUUGAUUGCCAAAUACAUUGCGCAACUAUUUGUGAAAAUCCUCCCACCCGAAGCAGAGUAUGGAUUGGACGUGUGCUGUGGAGGAGGCGGGAAUAUGAUUCAGUUUGCUCAAUUUUUUGACUCGGUAGGCGGUAUUGAAAUCAAUGGUACGAAUUUAUACUGUGCCCAACAUAACACUGAAGUAUACGGUGUUAAAGACAAGACAUGGACUUUGCAAGCCGAUUGGAGAGAGAUUACCCGGGUCAAGGAUAACAAAGAGGUGAACUACGAUUGGAUUCCUCAAAGUGUACGGGAUGCAAGGAGGGAUGUACCACCAAACAGAAUAUUCGACUUUGUCUUUAGCUCGCCCCCAUGGGGUGGUACUAGUUACGAUCGCCUGGAGUUCAAUUUGUACACAAUGGAACCAUUCAAUAUCACAGAGCUUUUAAAAACAAUGACCCAAUACACAAACAAUAUUGGACUCUUUUUACCAAAACUGUCAAAUUUGAUGCAAUUGAGCUUGGCUACAAAAGAGGUAUAUGGUGAUUACAAAAAGUGCAGGGCAGUAUAUAUAAAAUCCAAAGGAAGAUGCGUUGCCUUGUUGGCGUUGUUUGGUGACACAUUUACAUCCAGAUUCGACGAGUUGGAUGAUAUUAGUGAGGACGCUUUGUUGGGACCGGCUGUAGCUAUGAAUAGAAAAGAAUGA